AGGUCCGUUUAUGCGGCGACAUGUACGAGCAAUGGCCGACACUCGAGUUUUCGGACCUCAACUCGAGUAUUCUUGACUUGUUUACCAAAGCCACAUCUCAAUCUGUUGCUUCUUCAUUAUUAUAUGAACUCACUCGGUCGGAUGCUGAUGAGAAUGGAGGAUCGAUUCGAUUGAAUAAUGAAGAACAUUUAAAAUGGUGUAUGCAAGUAUUAAAUCAUUCAUUGACACUUUCAUUUGCAACAAGUAGAGAAUAUGAAACUCUUAAAGGAGCUGUACGAAUCUACCUUCAUUGGCUCCGCGCCCUCUGUGAUACUCCAGACAAUAACAUUCCAACUCCAUUACUCGCAACACCGGAAAAAUAUUUCCGUAAUAUAAUUGACGCUCUUCGUUGGAUUUUCUGUAGACGUGAAGAUGAUUUUGAUACUACAGUUGGUGGACAAGUGCCACGUGGUUUGGCAAUCGAACGGCAAUCCAUUGAAAUUGAUAUGGUAUUGGAUAGCUUAAAGUAUCUGACAAGGAACUCCAGUCGAAAAUAUCAAGAUGAAGUCUGGGCGAGAUCCAUCAGUUUUUUGUUGAAUAGUUCAGAUAUUUUACUUUCGGAACCCAAUGCUACAGAAGAAAUGGGCACAAGAACAUGCGUUCGAGUUGCUGAUACAUUAUUUGAUAUGUGGUUAAAUGCAGUUCUUAAUGAACAUAUUCCAUCUCUCACAUAUUGGAGUUCUCUGGCUACACUUGCAAGACGAUGGAGACAUAAUGUUCCUAUAAUUGAAUGCUGGGCGAAAAAAAUCCUGGGAUUGUCAACGUUAGUAUGCCGUAAAAUGUAUGGAGAUGAUUUUUUGAAAAUUGAUAUCGUUGAUGAGAGCGUUUUGCCGUUCGAGAAUGUCCCAAUGACUGCAGAAGAAGAUGAAAAUGAAGUACAUUUGCUGUACCGUACCUGGUUCAAUAUGCUGUGUUUAUUUGAUUCACCUGCUAAAAUUUUAAAUCAUGAUGCCACCAGGAAUUUGUGCUUGAAUGGAAAUUCACCCCGGCGUACAACUUCAAGUAUUUCAAUGUCAAAUUUCGAAUUGGCAAGUUCUUCGGCUGCUCAAGGAGUUUCAUUCUUUUUGGCGGCAGUCACUUUACAAAGAAUGGUUGAUUUGUUUUAUGGAGAUUCAAGAGUCAAAAUUGAUCUUCGAAAUUAUCCGGUACCAGAUGGAAAAACAGCACCAAACACGAGAACUGCAUCUGUAUUAACGGAUAAUCACAGCCAUCAUACAAAUCGUACCUCAUCUACAACCGGAGAUUCUAGUCGAUACGUAUCACUGGGUGGAGCUGUUGGCCAAAUAAUAGUUGAUGAUCAUCAAGUUUCAAUGUCUUCUGGAUCAACUGCUUCUGGUAAAACUUCGACGGCAACUGGAACAUCAUCAACUCACACUAUUUCAAGUGAAAUUCGAAGAGAUCAACGAAUUAUGUCAGUUAACGAUCGAAGCCGUGAUCCAUCACAUCGUACCGUAUCUGUAACAGAUUCGGUUAAUAUUUCCAAUCAGAGCAGAUAUUCUGAGCAGACUUCCUCAACUUUGACUUAUAAAUCCGCGCCGAUUCCGGAAACGGCAAAUGAGAAUGGUCACGGAGAGAGUAUCAGUCAACUUGUCUCAAAUUCAACGGUCUCUGCUCCGGUUGGUGGUGCUGGAAACGAUUUGACACUUAAAGCUGGUGUGCACCCGAGUGAAAUGAAAAUUGGCCGUUCAUCUGGUGUUAUUGGGUCAGCCCAACACAACAAUUUCUACGCGGACACUACCUCACCCUACAGAUCAGCUCAACGAUUUGUCACAAAUUUCUUGACAGCCAAUCAAGCCACCAUGCCAUACGUCGGAGGAAAACGACCCAAAACUGAUAGAAUGUUGAAUUUGGUCGGAGACUGGCUGUUUGCAAUUGUAAACUCGCCGACAAACAGUCCAAGAGUGACAGGAAACGAUCAUUCAGGACAUCACAAGAAGAAUAAUGAUGGAGUUUCUGAUGAUGUGAUAUCCGGUCUUUCACUGCAUUCAGUUGAUUUGGACGACAUUCCAGACGCAAUGAGCCCAAUGAUGGGUCGAUCUGAUAGCAAUGCAGUACUUUCAGGUGGACACAAUGCUGUUGGAAGAAGGAAAAGUGUUGGAAGCUCAUGUUCCUCUGUAGCCGGCGAAUCUGAUGUAAUGAGUUCAACGUCAACGGCCGGUGGACAUUCACAGAAACAUCCAGAAGACUAUCAACAAGUUGAUGGAGUAACUGCUGGAAGAGCAGCUGCACUUGCAUCUCUCAUCAGAAUAAUAACUUCAAAAUCAUCAAAUGAGAAGAUCCCAAAUUCGCAGCUCUCGAAUUUCUAUGCAACGGUGUUUCAAUGUUUGGUUGAAAAGGAAAGAGUCAUGUUAUGCACACUUUUUUAUUAUGGAAGGAAUCUAUUUCGAUUAGGACUUCCCGGAAUUGAGAGUCUACUUCCACAUUUUCUAUUUGCAUUAGAUAUUGUGAUGAUUGAGAGUUCCAAACUUCGAUUGCAUCCUUCAAUUUCUGAAGUUGAAGUGAGAAGAGCAUGUCUAAGAGCAUUAUCUUCUGUAAUUUGUUGGCCAACGACUUUCGGAAUGAGCAAGAUUCCUCAAAUUGCCGAAGCCGCAAACCUGAAAUCAAAUGCAGCAACAUACCUACACCUACGAUCUCGAAUCUUCAAAACUCUGAUGUUCAGUGUCAGAAACGAAACCGACCCCACCAAUCUUCAUAUUGCUUUAUCCCUGUGUGCGGUGCUUGUUGAAGAAUCAUGCCAAUUUGAUUUAGGAUUAAACGAAGAACAAACUAAAGAGAUGAUCAGAAUAUCCACAACUGCAUCUAGUUCUGGACAACCAGAGAAAGGACUUUGCGCAUCCAUUGUACGAGGAGUUUUGUCUGCAAUUUGUGAUAAAUUCGGAAGAAUUGAAACAAUUGAUCAUUCGACGGCUCUUGCGAUUAUAGACGUGUUGAAUUGUAUCUCACAUGUUCAUCAUACAGUUUUGUUCAAUAACAUGGAUGUGUCAACUGGUACACUUGUCAUCGCGUCGUUAUGUAGAUUCAUAGAGCAACAACUUAAUAAGCCACCUCCCAUGCAUUCAAAAGAUCUACAUUCUACAGUAGUAGCUGCUUAUAAUGCCGUUGCUGUUUGGCUAACUGCUUCUCCCCUCCUUGCUGAAUGUGUUGGCGUUCUUGGAACAGUAUGUGAUGUCAUACAACUUGGAGUCACUGGUAGCAAAACGAGUCCUGAUCUUCAAAAAUCCCGUGGUGAGACUGUCAAACCAAAAGCCGCUAGUCAACGAGUCCUCGAAGCUGCCGAAGCACUGAUGUAUACACUGUUUUGCGUUGUUGGAAGAAAACCAGGACCUCUUCGAGACGAGAAACGAUUAGUGCACAAAUACGGACCAAAUCGAAUCAAUACAUCAAAAUUUCUACAUGUUUUAGUCAAUGGAGAUACUUUAUUAUCAUUACAUGAAGCAUCACAUAUUGAUGAUAUUCCAUCAGACAGUGCAUCUGUAGUUUAUGUACGAAGAUCACCAAUGCAAGGAGCUAAUACAGGAAUUGCACGAUUGCGACCUAAACCGGAGAACUAUCAUCCAGAAGUUGGAAUUCCUCCAAUGACACCAAUGUCAGCUGCUUCGACGACUGAAGGUUUUGAAGUGAAUUCUACUUCUACUACCCUUUGUGAUUCGUCUUCGAAGUUAUCUGUAUCUUCUACAACAUCAGCCCCGGCAUCACAAAAUUCCGUGACAGAAAAAUUGUCGAUCGCCUCGAAAGUAACCACUCGCACUGCUCCUGCAGCACUUAUUGCGGUUCCGUCUUCAUCAAUUGUAACAACUGGUUCAAUUUUAACUGGUGUUGUCAUCAAUUCCACAUCCACUCCCACAUUUUAUGAAGAAUCUGACGAAGAUCGGAUGGGAUAUGAAUCCGAUGGGCCAAAUACACCAAAAGUGCAAAAAUCAAUCGGAGAACAAUUCGUGAUUCCACCAGAGUUCUAUAAAAAUUCGUGUAAACUUGAUAAUGCAUUCCGUAAUCUUGAAUCAACUACUGAAACAGAAGCAAUUGCUGAAGAAAUGAAACAACAGAAUUCACAAAACGGUCGAUCAUUUUUCGAUGAAUCAAGAAGAAAUAAUGUUUUCGAAAGAAUGCGUCCAGAAGAACGGAUUGUUGCUCCAUCAAAACCAUUGGAUACUUGUAGUUCAAUUCGAAUGAUGCUUUAUGAUUUUGGUCUAAUUAAUGAAAGGAUAUUCGGAUCCGAAAUUGUAUUAUUGGAUAGUUCAAUGAGUGAAAAAUUCUACCGAGAUCUCCAUGAAACAGUUGAUUGUGCACCUGCUCGAACUCAGCUCACUGCUCACAUUUUCUAUGUGAAAGAAGGUCAACGAAUAGCUGUGGAUAUACUCGAAAAUGCUCUGAAUGUACAAAACUCGUGUUCUGAUUUCUGCAUGUUCCUGGCUAAUCUUGGAGAGGGCAUUGAAAUCGGAGUACAUGAUACGUGGACGGGGCACUGGUCGACAGCAUAUUCCACAGAGAGAAAAUUACAAGAGGAAGCAGAUGGUGUAGAUCAUUACAUAGUCGAUGGAAUUCAACACGCAUUAUGGUGGUGUGAUGAACAAGGAAGCAAUUCAGAACUUGCAUUCCUAAUGCCAACAGAACGAAGUGUUCGAAUGUUCAAACAAAAUAUCACAUCUCCAGCGAGCAGUUCUCGGCGAGGAUCCAAUAAUAAUCGAUCAAUAGUCUCUGAUGAUAAAUCAUUUGACAGUACCCACACGGACAACGGGAUGAUGCUAAAUGCUCGAAGGCUCGGGGAAAAGAGUCCAUCGAAUUUAAGUGAUCGAGAUUUUCGUCCAUAUGCAGGUGGUGGGUCUAGUAUGGGGCACGGAUCGGUUGGAAGAAGAACUGGAGCACUUAAGAUCAUGCUGGUAUGGCUCGAGAGGCCGGAGGACAUGACUAGUUUCCCGAUUUAUGAACUAAUCGGAACUUGCGAUGAUGGAACCGAUUUGCUGAAUGGCGGAGCUCAAAAGCCAGAAAUUGGUGGAGCAACCAACAGUCAAGUUGCCCAUCACAUAAUUUUCAUCCAUUUGGUAGAACCUGGAAUUGUUCAAAUCAGGACACGUGGCACUGUAAAUAGAUUCGGAGAGGCAGGACCACUUGUUGACGGAGUCGUUGUUUCAUUGGCAAACCUUCCAUCUUUCAUCAGAAAUACAAUAUUGAAUACAUCACGACGAGAUGUGGCAGAAAUUGAAAACUACACCUUCCCCCACACACGUCGAAAACAGGCUAUCGUCGAAUUCGCCAAAAAAUACGCGGCAAAAACGAGUUACGAGGAGUUUUUAGUAAAUGUGAUACAAAAUUAAAUGCAACGCAACUGAUCCUUAUGUUCCUGUGAUAUCUUUUUUUUCUCCCAAAAUGUACAUAUUUCAACGGGCCAGUUAGCUUUUUUAUAUCAUUGUUUUCCUCGGAGCAAUUGGUACUUCAUUGCAAAUUGUUUUCCAUUUCCCUACUGCUUGGGUAUUUUUAUUUUUUGUGAAUUGUUUAUACCAUAUUGUUAUUUUAAUAAAAAAUAAGUUCAUU